GAAGCCUAACAUCUGCAAUGCUCUUUCACAUAGUGCAGCAAAAUGCCAAAUACUCUUACAAUUACAGAUUAUACCCCUUUUCUUUGAUGCUACCCUUUUCACUUUCUUUUAUAAGGCAAGCCAUGGCAGCCCCGCCUUCUAUUCUUUUGCCUUUGAAUUCCUUCACCUUCUUAACCUCCUUGAGUUUGAAGUUAGAACCAGACACAAAGAACCUCAGCAAAUAAAAACCCACUCUUUUUUUUUCUUUUUUGUUUUUCCUUUGAGUUGUCAAUAUCUCUCUUGAGUGGUCUUUCCCUUUUAUGCUCAUAGUUUUAGCCCCCAUAUUUUUCCUUUUUACACAAAAAGGUUAGCUUCUUUUUUUUCUUUUCUUUUCUUUUUUGCAAUGGAAGGAACUGAAGAGCACCACCAUGUGAACAAGAAAUGCACUACCAAAACCAGGACUUUCAAGGGCGGGAAUAAUAAUCCUCAUAAGCAUCAUUACCAGCACCCAUUGUUGCAAUAUUCAAGCCACUUUGGGUUGUUUAACCAGAACCAGUUCCAAAGUUACUCUUACUACCCUGCUUUGCUCCCUUUACCCCCUCCAAUACCUUUGCAGCUGGCUUUAACCCCACCUCUCUCUCAAAACCAAAACUUUCAAACUAAAACCCACUUGCAGAAACUUCCAUGUAAGGUUAAUGAUUUUCCUCCACUUGCCACCUCUUCCCUCCCUGAUACACAAGUCCCAGUUCUAACAAUGACACCAGCUCCAGAGGGGCUUCAUGGGAGAACAAGUUUCCCAUAUAAAGGAAGGAAGGUGAGGAGUAGUGAUACAAAGGAAGCACUGGUGGCUGCUAGGAGACCAGAUUCUGGUGGUGUUGAAGGGCCAGUAAUCACUCUCCUUGCCAACCAUUUUGUAGUGAAAUUUGACCCCUCUCUUAAAAUUUACCAUUACAAUGUUGAAAUAUCUCCUAGUCCCUCCAAGGAGGUUGCUAGGAUGAUCAAACAGAAACUGGUGGAAAACAACUCAGGUUUACUCUCAGGUGCUCAUCCAGCUUAUGAUGGUAGAAAGAAUAUAUACAGCCCUGUUGAGUUCCAAAAUGAUAAGCUUGAGUUCUUUAUUAGUCUCCCAAUACCCACCACCAAGUCAGGUUUACCUUUUGGGGAAUUGAAUUGCUUCCCACAGAAGCAGAAUCAGCUCAAAGUGUUUCGAAUCAAUAUCCGACAUGUUUCAAAGUUUGAUGGAAAGGAUUUGAGAAGUUACUUGAGCAAGGAAGGUGAUGAUUGGAUCCCACUCCCUCAGGAUUAUCUCCAUGCUUUGGAUGUUGUUCUUAGGGAGGGUCCAAUGGAAAAGUGUAUACCGGUAGGGAGGUCGUUUUAUUCGAGUUCGAUGGGAGGUACUAAGGAAAUCGGAGGGGGAGCUAUUGGAUGGAGAGGUUUCUUUCAGAGCCUUCGACCAACGCAACAAGGAUUAGCGCUCAAUGUUGAUUUCUCCAUCAGUGCCUUCCAUGAGAGUAUUGGAGUUAUCCUUUACUUGCAAAAGCGGCUGGACUUUCUCCGAGACCUUUCUCAAAGAAAGACAAGGAGUUUGAGCGAUGAAGAGAGGAAAGAAGUGGAGAAGGCAUUGAGAAAUAUCAGAGUUUUCGUUUGCCAUAGAGAAACGGUUCAACGGUACCGUGUUCAUGGCUUAACUGAAGAAGCUACCGAAAAUCUUUACUUCCCUGACCGGGGUGGUAAGAAUUUGAGGCUUGUUGAUUACUUUAAGGAUCACUACAAUUAUGACAUACAGUUCAGGAACUUGCCAUGCUUGCAAAUCAGUAGGAGCAAACCAUGCUAUCUUCCCAUGGAACUUUGUAUGAUUUGUGAAGGCCAAAAGUUUCUUGGGAAGCUUUCGGAUGAUCAGACUGCAAGGAUCCUUAAAAUGGGCUGCCAGAGACCGAAAGAACGAAAAGCCAUAAUUGAUGGAAUCAUGAGAGGACCAGUAGGGCCUACAAGUGGCAACCAGGCAGAAGAAUUCAAACUCCAAGUUUCGAGAGAAAUGACUCGGUUGAACGGGAGGAUUCUUCAACCUCCCAAGCUCAAGCUUGGUGAUGGUGGACACAUAAGAGAUAUCACUCCUUCCCGCCGUGAUCGCCAAUGGAACCUUUUGGACAGCCAUGUAUUUCAAGGAACGAGAAUAGAACGGUGGGCACUUAUAAGUUUUGGGGGCACCCAUGAUCAAAAGUCUAACAUCCCCAAAUUCAUAAACCAGCUAUCUCAAAGGUGUGAGCAGCUGGGGAUCUUUCUUAACAAAAGCACAAUUGUCAGCCCUCAAUUUGAAUCAACACAGGUGCUUAGUAAUGUGUAUCUUUUGGAAUCUAAGCUCAAGAAGAUCCACAGAGCUGCUUCCAACAAUCUCCAGCUGCUCAUAUGUGUAAUGGAGAAAAAGCACAAAGGCUAUGCGGAUUUGAAACGAAUAGCGGAGACAAGUGUGGGAGUUGUGAGCCAGUGCUGCUUGUAUCCGAACCUUGGGAAACUCAGUUCACAGUUUCUUGCAAAUUUGGCCCUGAAGAUCAAUGCCAAAGUUGGAGGUUGCACAGUUGCUUUGUACAACUCGUUGCCAUCUCAGAUUCCACGUCUUCUCCGGCUCGAUGAGCCUGUCAUCUUUAUGGGUGCUGAUGUGACACAUCCUCACCCGCUUGAUGAUUUCAGCCCAUCAGUUGCCGCCGUGGUUGGUAGCAUGAACUGGCCUGCAGCAAACAAGUAUGUAUCUAGAAUGAGGUCUCAAACGCAUCGACAAGAAAUUAUUCAGGACCUCGCUGCAAUGGUAGGGGAGUUACUUGAUGACUUCUACCAGGAAGUAAACAAACUGCCCAAGAGAAUCAUCUUCUUCAGAGACGGUGUAAGCGAAACUCAAUUCUACAAAGUGCUUAAAGAGGAGCUGCAAGCUGUUAAAGAAGCUUGUGCAAGAUUUCCGGGUUAUAAACCUCCCAUUACUUUCGCAGUAGUACAAAAAAGGCAUCACACAAGGUUGUUCCCAUUUGAAAUCGAUCCUUCUUCCAUGCAAAACCAACCUUUUGAUGAAAAUAUUCCCCCCGGAACCGUAGUGGAUACCGUGAUAACACAUCCAAAGGAAUUCGAUUUCUAUCUUUGCAGUCAUUGGGGGGUGAAGGGUACUAGCCGCCCGACUCAUUACCAUGUGUUGUGGGAUGAAAACCAUUUCACUUCUGACGAACUGCAGAAGCUGGUUUACAACCUAUGUUACACGUUCGUAAGAUGCACCAAGCCCGUGUCUUUGGUGCCGCCUGCGUACUACGCGCACCUGGCAGCAUAUAGAGGGAGGCUUUACCUCGAGCGAUCAGAAUCCAUUGCUUGUAUGAGAAGUUCUCCCACAAUUUCACGUCCAGCUCCUCCGAAGGCAACACCAUUACCGACACUAAGCGAGAAUAUUAAGAAACUCAUGUUCUACUGCUAAAACUAAAUGAUCCUCACAAUCACAUGUAAAAGUAGUGGAUGAAUUUAUAGCCAAAUUGCGCAGUUUCAUGUGAUUACAAGUGGUAGAGCUUGGAUUUGGUAAUGCAAAUAGUUGUACAAUUAUGAUAGCAGCAAAGUGAGAAAUCUUAAAUUCCA